CCGUGGGCAAAUCGGCAAAGGAGCGCCAGAUGGAUGCGCGGAGCCGCGCAGAGACCAAGUACGAUCGCACUGGGAAGCUCAAGAAUGCAAAGGUCACCAAGUCAGCCUGCCUCGGAAAGUUCAAACGCACAUCGAAACAGGUUGAGAAUAACUUCAAGAAGUGCACUGCUGCCGAGACCCAGAUGGAAGACGCCGAGGCGGCAUGGAUGUCGUCCAUGUGCGACCGCAUUGCCGCUCUGGAGAUGCUGAACGAUGCGUCUGAUGCGCUCGAUCGGAUCAAGGCCGAGCGCGCCCCGCGGACCUCGCGGGCGGGCGACGCAUCGCCAGCGCGACAGACCGCAUAG